AGUGAAUCUGCUCAGGGGUGACAUAAUGAGAGCUGAGUAGAACUUUAACCCCUUAAACCACCGCUUUUGUUUUUUAAUUUAGUCAAGAGUCAACUCACUCAGAGUCCCCCUUCUUCCCCCUCCCCACAUUUAUCUGAGAGAGAUAAAGAGAGAGAGAGAAAAGCGCGCCCGGCUCCAUGUGUGGAUGAAGCGCACUCCUCCACGCUCCCUGCGCUGGUGAUGCCACGGAGUCACGCCGGCGGCGACGAGAGCGGCGGCUCGGGGCUCUGGGUGAAGACCUCCACCGGUGGUGCCGGUGGGAGCCGGGCGCAGCAGGGCUACCCGCUGAGGGAUGUGGAGUGCGGACGCAGGGCGAUGAAUAACAACGCGGCGCUCGUCGGGGACGGUCUCCUACUGUCCUCGGCCGCGGCAGGUGCUGCUGCGGGAGCGGUCCGGAACCACCAGGGCGCCCGGCUCAGCCUGCUGGGGAAGCCGCUGACCUACAGCUCUCAGAGCGGCCGCAGGAACGCGCGCUACCGGAAGCUCCAGAAUUACCUCUACAACGUGCUGGAGAGACCCAGAGAGUGGGCUUUCGUCUACCACGCUUUUGUUUUCAUCCUGGUGUUUGGAUGUCUGGUUCUGUCUGUGUUUUCUACCAUUCCUAAUUACCAGGAUGUCUCCUCGUACUGCCUGCUCAUCCUGGAGUUUGUGAUGAUUGUCGUGUUUGGCCUUGAGUACAUCAUCAGGAUAUGGAGUGCUGGCUGCUGCUGCCGAUACAGAGGCUGGCAGGGACGCCUCCGCUUUGCCAGGAAACCCUUCUGUGUCAUAGACAUCAUCGUACUUAUCGCCUCAGUUGCUGUGGUUUCAGCCGGUAGCCAGGGUAACGUCUUCGCCACCUCUGCACUGCGCAGCCUUCGCUUCCUCCAGAUCCUGCGAAUGGUGCGCAUGGACCGGAGGGGAGGAACCUGGAAGCUGCUCGGAUCUGUAGUUUAUGCACAUAGUAAGGAGCUAGUGACUGCUUGGUAUAUCGGGUUCCUGGUGCUCAUUUUCUCCUCUUUCUUGGUCUAUCUGGUGGAGAAAGAAUUCAACAAGGAGUUUGAUACGUAUGCUGAUGCUCUGUGGUGGGGCACGAUCACCCUAACAACAAUCGGUUAUGGUGAUAAAACCCCGCAGACGUGGACAGGGCGGUUAUUAUCAGCAGGUUUUGCUCUGCUUGGGAUCUCCUUCUUUGCUUUGCCAGCUGGCAUCCUGGGGUCAGGUUUUGCCCUGAAGGUGCAGGAGCAGCAUCGCCAGAAGCACUUUGAAAAACGAAGGAACCCAGCUGCCAGCCUGAUCCAGUGUGUCUGGCGUAGUUAUGCUGCUGAUGAGAACUCAGUUUCCAUUGCUACCUGGAAGCCUCAUUUGAAGGCGUUGCAUACCUGCAGCCCCGCCAAGAAAGAGCAGGGCGAGACUACUUACAGUCAGAAAUUGAGCUUUAAGGAGCGGGUCCGGAUGGCGAGUCCUCGAGGUCAGAGCAUGAAGAGCAGGCAGACGUCCGUCAGUGAGCGCCAGCGCUGCUCCCCUGGCAAUGAGGUGGUGGGCAGCAGCGAGCUGAUAAGUGGGAGCCCCGCCAAAGUGCAGAAGAGCUGGAGCUUCAACGACCGGACCCGGUUUAGGCCAUCGCUAAGGCUGAAGAGCCAGACCCGCACUGCUGCUCUGGAUGUGGACGGAGGCAUGACCACGGAUGACUCCUUUGAUGAGAAAGGCUGCCAUUGUGACGUGACGGUGGAGGAUCUUUCAGCUCCGCUAAAGGCUGUCAUCAGAGCCGUCAGGAUUAUGAAAUUCCAUGUGGCGAAGAAGAAGUUCAAGGAGACGUUGCGCCCGUACGAUGUGAAGGACGUCAUUGAGCAGUACUCAGCAGGACACCUGGACAUGCUCUGUCGCAUCAAAAGCCUUCAAACCAGACUGGACACUGUUGUGGGCCCCCCUCCAAGGCCAUUUAGGGGCCGGGUCAAGAACUUUUCCUCUCCUUCUCUGCCUUCAUAUUACAGCCAUGCUCAAAGGAAACAAUCGCCAGCUGGGGUGGAUCAGAUUUUGGGGAAGGGACAGAUUCCUGUGGAUAAGAAGCCAAGAGACAAACUGCACCCAGACGGAGAUUCACUGGAGGGCAUGAGCAUGCUGGGGCGAGUGUGUAAAGUGGAAAGACAGGUGACCUCCAUUGAGUCAAAGUUGGACUCUUUGCUAGACGUUUACCGCCAAGUCCUAAGGAAAGGCCCCUCAGCGCUCACCCUCUCCUCCCUGCCUCUUUUUGAGCUGGAAAACCACCAGCACCACAACUUGGACUAUCCCAACUCUCCCCAGGGGAGCGAUAUGAUCCGAGGCCGAGGAGACAACAGUAGCGGGAUGCACCGUUCCCACUGCGCCAACCCGAGAGGCCUGCGUCUCAUACUGGCGCCGGCUGAUGACGACGUCCCUCCAGACUCGGCUCCUCCUUCCUACCCGCCGUCCACCGCAUCCCUCUCCCCUUCUCCCCUGCUGCCCCCAGACAGCCCCUACCCGACUUUACUCACCCCUUCCAAAAAGGCUAACUUCCCCGAUCUGCCGCCUCCACCGCCCUCAUCAGGGAGCUUCACUCUUCGGCUUCCUCCCAUGAUGCACCCCUCUCACCUCCAAUGCCCAGCUGACCCAGUCUCAGAUGAUAUGACAGAUGAAGCAGGAGGGGAUGAGCAAAGUCUGGGCCCGUCGGUCGUCGUGGGAUGUGAUGCUGAUGAUGACGACGAUCCAGAGGAGAACAGUGAGGCAGGUUCUGUGCAGAGAAAAGUGCAACUGCGGAAGAAGCCUGGCCUGAAAUCCGAGGGAGUCUGGAGAAGGCAUCUGAGCCUAGAAGUUAACCCUUUGCUGCUCCUCUCAUCUAGCCAAGAGGAGACGCCUUCAGACUGGGGAGGCAAUCUUGGGAAAUCCCUCUCUGCGCAUAAUCUCAACCAGCCUUUAACCAGCCGUGCUUCUACUCUUUCCUCGACACUCAACAACAGCAGCAGCAGCAAUGAUAGCGAACGUGGCAACGGCCACAGUGACCUCAGCAAAUGGGACGGAACAGACCUCUUCAUUAGUGACUGCAAGCUGAAGCCAGGAGCAGAACACUACAACUACCUGUCCCAGGGACCCGACAGCAGCCAAUCCAACAUUUUACAGACCGUAGAGGAGGCUGUACCUCACCCAAAGGGGAACUCCGAGUUCCUCAGUCAAUCCUCACACUUACAGCUGGUGUAAGGACACUCACUAACCUGUAAGCUGUAUGUACACACUGCUGCGGCUGACACCGCUUUUUAAAAGAUCAUGCUAUCAGUUUUACUCUUUAUACGUGUACAAACAGUGUUUUCUAUUUUGUUUACACCGUAAUGUCCGGUUUUAUGGGACACCGAAAUUUCUACACCUUGUAGAAUAAAAGAAUGUACAAAUUUUUAAUUUGUUUAAUGUUAUACAAAAUAGGAAAACAGAGUAUAAUGAGAAAAGGAAGGUUUGGAAAAGAAAAAAAACUAUUGACUUUCGGCAAUUAGUAUUACAAAAGGUUGAGGAUUUUCAAAAUAAACUCCAUAACAAAAUGUUUUUUUCAACAUAUUCAUCACAAAAACCACUUCAAGUUGUCUUUUUACCCCAAAGAAAAACUCUGAUUUUCUCAGUUUGGAAUUCCAGCCAAAGAACCUAAUCUUAACUCAUCUGCAGAAGAUGCAGAAAUACAAUCUUUUUAUCACAGAAAAAUGUUAAAAAGCAGAAUAAGACACUUUCAAUCAUUUUGUGAAAAGUUGACUGGUACAGGAGUGAAAAGAUUUGUUGAAGUCCAAAUACAAAUCACACAUGUUGGGAAACUAUACACUCACGCACGUUUACGAAUACCGCCAUUUUACCCAACUGCAAAGUACUUGAAAAGCAAACUAUACAAACAGCUGAGACUGACAAAUGAAGUUUUGUUUUACAAAUCCUUGAGUUCAGUCUUCUUGGAUGAUAAGGAGAACAAAUCUUGCAUAUCAUACAUAUCACUGCGUGGAGUGUUUCCGAAACUAAAUGAAUCAAAAAAUGAUGUGCUGAGAUGGGAAAGGCUAUGAAAAAAUGAUCAGCAAACCAAAAGCAUGUGAUCACUUCCCAGAUCGAUUAUUUAUGUAUUUUUCCACUUCUGCAGAAAUAUUAAUGUAUUUAUGUUUGUUUUGUUUAACCAUUCAUCAAAGUAUUGGUUAAAAUAAAUGUAGAAACCCACUUAUAACCUUUGCAUAACAGCAGUCACGUCCAUGUUGGACCACUUCCUGCUGGGUUUGCACAGUAGGCCUGAUGAAAUAAUUGAAAAUAGUCUGAAUUAAAGGAAGUUAUUCAAGUGGGCCUUCUCAACUAAGCAUAAGAUGCUGCAUGCUGAAGUUGCUGCAACCUUUGAAGUCAAAUGUAGCAACUCAGUUGUUGAUUAGCCUUGAUGUCUUUCUGCACACUAAAAUGGGACGGACACACACGACAAGCCAUACCAAGAAGGUGCAGUGUUUUCAUUUGAUAAUUGAACUUGAAUUACCUCUUACAUGAUACAAGAACAUACUACUUUGAUGUCAAAUUUACAACAUUUAAAAUACAUUUGAUGUUUUGUUUUCCAUUUUACUGCACCAAAAUCUGCUGGACCAGCCUAGGUUUUAACAUUAACACGUACAAUGUUUAAUUUGGGAAAUUAUAUUACACCUGAUCUGUCAUGCAUGUUUUUUUUUCCUUAAUUAGAGGGAAAGCUAAAAAUGGUAAUAUAUUCAUGUUUUAAAAUAUGAAAGCGAGAGAGUAAUUUGAAUAUCUGCAAUGCUAUUCCUUGUGCAUUUUUAGCAUUUAGCAGUCACUCUCUCAUCUUAAUCUCAAAUACACAUUUUAUUCAGACUUCCUAAAAUUUUGUUCAUUUAAUUACUCCAAUUUCAAAACUUAUAUUUUAAUUGGCACACUUUAAAAAAGUUUAGUUUGCCUUAAAUUACACUAUUUUAUAUUUCCUUCUUAGUUGGGGGACAAUAUGAUUGCUUUUAUAACUUCAUUUGUGAUAUCUUUAAGUUGUCAUUUAGAUUCAUUUUUACAAAUUCACAACAGUCUUAAAAUAUUUUAUUGUGUUAAUUAUUACACUACAGGCUCUGAGGAGAGUGCACAUUGGUUAGCAAAUUAACAUUCUAUUGCAGAACAAAGAUUUUCCUGCAUUUUAUUUUCUAAAAAAAUGACAACAUUUAACAUUUGAAUUUUAUCCUAAAAGCCCAUGCAUAGAUGACUUUGGUUUGGUACGAUGAACUUUGUUUUCAUCACAAAAGCACAGUGCUUUCUGGUGAGUGGAGCCUGAACAUAUAAUAUCAUAGGCUUUUGUGUGUAUAUUAUUGGAAUAGAUUUGUUGUAUGUAUUGACUGAAUUUUAAUGCAUAUGAAUAACAUUAAGCUCAUUGAAUUGUUACUCUUUGGGGUAUUAAAUGGGCCAUUCUCUCCAUUAAACUAAUAUUUUCAAACUGUAUAUCACUUAAGGGUGCCUUUUGCAUAUGAAAAUCUUUUUGUUUUGCUACAAAGUUUGCCUAGAGCCAAUGACACACUGUAUUGAAGUCAAACUCAUUUUGAACAGGGCAUCCAGUUCCAUUAAGUCAUGUAGCUUUAGCCACAGACUUUAUGACUGCAAUAGCCAGUAAUACCAUUUGUCUACAUGCUUGAACGGUAAUUCAUUAUACGGCUGGCCUUAAAGCUUGAUAAUGUUAACAUUGUUAUUUCUUUUAAAUUAAUUUAUUGAAGUGCACAUUUAUCUUCUCGGAAAGAGAAAUGCAAAAGUGAUUUUAAUUUUCAGUAAUAAAGGAUUAACAAAACAG